AUGGAUAUUCUUAAAAAUGCCGAUCUUGGCAUUUGUUUAUCAUUAAGUGUAAAAUUGACCAAGGGUGCAGGUAUCAAAACAAAUGCAGCAACGAUAAAGCACCGAUUAUUGGUUACUAGUAGUAAAAGGUGUGAAACGAUCGUAGAUACACAUGAAAAGGGUAACCAACAAAUCUCUGGCUUCCAGCUUUUAUGUGGAAUGGGAAGAAAACUCAACGCGCUGAUGUUUGUCUUUUGCGCUAUGCCUAAAAAAUGUGCAGCUCUCGAAGAUUCGAGCCAUGAGUUGAGUAACUAUGGCUCUCCAGCUGGCCACUAUGGCAUGAAUUUUCUGACGGUUCUGAAUAGUUCAGUUUUGUGA